AUGGAAAUGGAGGUAGGAGGUCUUGCAGCGUUGAAAAUACCUAUUUUAGAGGUGACAGUGGAGAUUGGACGCUUUUUCUUUUCGGAAGAUCUAACAGUUGAGAAAGGAGGUGUUAGAUUUUGGAAAAUGUACUCUGCAGGUAUUAGUUUGGAGGAAAAAAAAUUAGACGUCAUGAUAGCGUCUCAUUUUUUUAAAAACGGGUUACAAGACUCCGGAGGUAUUUCCUCUUGA